AACAGCCACUCGAUCCCGCGCUCUACCAAAACCCCCCCGAUACCCCUCGAAAAGCCUCUCCCUCUUUCGCAACAGAGGUCAUCGCGAUCCGACUUCUGCCCACCUCCUUCCGCCCCGCCAGCGUCUCUCCGCUCGGUCUUUAGGCAGCCCUCGUUCUUCUUCUGCCUUGCGCCCUUCUUGGCCAUUUCUUCUCCUUCUCCUUCUUCUUCUUCUUCUCCUUCAUUUGCCCUUUGAUUAGUUGCGCGCUUCAAUCUUGACCUCCCGACGCGUCUACGAUGGAUGACUAUGUUAGCGAGUCCGACAGUGACUACACCAGCUAUUGGCGGGACUGGUUCAUCUCAUCGCGCGGCAACGAGUACUUUUGCGAAAUCGACGAGGACUACCUGACGGACCGCUUCAACCUGACGGGCCUCAACACCGAGGUGCAGUACUACCAGUAUGCGCUCGACCUGGUGACGGACGUGUUCGACCUCGACUGCGACGAUGACAUGCGAGAGACUAUCGAGAGCUCGGCUAGACAUCUCUACGGCCUGGUGCACGCGCGAUACAUUGUAACGACGCGCGGCCUGACAAAAAUGCUCGACAAGUACAAAAAGGCCGAAUUCGGCAAAUGCCCUCGCGUCAACUGCCACUCCCACCCCCUCCUCCCCAUGGGCCUCUCCGACAUCCCCAACCUCAAGCCCGUCAAGCUCUACUGCGCCCGCUGCGAGGACCUCUACAACCCGAAAUCCUCGCGCCACGCCUCCAUCGACGGCGCCUACUUUGGCACCUCGUUCCACAACAUCAUCUUCCAGGUCUACCCGGCCCUCAUCCCCUCCAAGAGCAUCGAGCGCUACGUCCCGCGCGUCUACGGCUUCAAGGUGCACGCCGCCGCCGCGCUCGUCCGGUGGCAGGAUCUUAAGCGGGACGACAUGCGGAGGCGGCUGCGCAAGCUCGAGAUCGAGUCCGGCUUCAGGGAGGAGCAGAUUGAGGAUGACGACGACGAGGAAGAGGACGAUGUCGAGUUUGAG